UCCCAGCAGAUUAUCAGAUCUACGCACCCUCACGAAGAAGACAAAGACGAAUCAAUAGCUUCUGUAAUCUCUUCCUCUCCUUUUCUAUGCAAAUCAUCCUCCAAGGUUAAUCAUCUAUCCUGCAUUUCUCUUCUCUCUCGAUUUCACAUUUUCUCAAUUUGUUAUAGCUUUUUCGAAUUUCGCUGAAUGAUUUGGGGAUUUAUUCGUUUCCUAAAUCUUCUCAGAUUUCAAUUCAUCGAUUCGAUGUCAAAAGAAAUCGAUCUCACGGAAAAUUGUUUCGGUUAUGGCUCCCCAAAAGGAUCGGCCUCCAGGAACCACAUGAUCGUGAAAACGGGGAUGACAAUGACGGAGAAGAUUCUAGCUAGAGCUUCUGAGAAAUCAUUAGUGGUUCCCGGUGAUAACGUUUGGGUUAAUGUUGAUGUUCUUAUGACUCAUGAUGUUUGUGGACCUCGUGCUUUUGGUAUCUUCAAGAGAGAGUUUGGUGAAUCUGUUGGAAAUUUGUUGGAAAUCUUUUAUCUGGUGAAAACUGGGAUGACAAUGACGAAGAAGACGAAGACGAAUCAAUGGCUUCUGUAAUCUUUUUUUUCUUUUGAU